AGGGGUUUUCUCUCCAACAUACUCUCAGUUGACAUCGACCGCUUAAGGGAGGCGCGGCGAGGGAUUUAUACGUACACGGAGUUUCAAGAAGUUUUGAUGAAAACGAAAAGAAUACAUCUUUGUUAAGGCUGAGCGGUUUGGACAGAGAUGAGCUGCAGGAUGCGCUCUCACAAACACACACCAUCGGGCUUCGGUUUAUUUAUGCAACGCCAUGAGACGAACAAAUGAUCUGGCUCGCUAAAUCCUCCAGCGGAUUAAAGUUACACAGCAAAAUUCAAGACCGGUCGGAAAUCUAGACACUUCUGAAACACUUCGUGAUCUUUUUAAAACACUAAAAAGAGGGGGGAAAUCGACUGUUUUGCGGUGUGGCUGGGGAAACUGUGUGCUAGCUUUAGCUGGCUAGCUAGCCGGUGAAUAAAUAAAUAAAUAAAUAAGCAAACAAACAAACAAACGCUGCUCAGUGCCACUGAAGUUCAGAGGACCUCAUCGGUGAGGUGACAAUGCUCGAAAUAAUGUCUGAGCACCAAGAUUCAUUACUGAAACGCAAAGCAGAGCCUCUGCCACCUGAGAGACGAAAGAGGACAGUGGAAGACUUCAACAAGUUCUGUAGUUUUGUCUUGGCGUAUGCUGGUUAUAUCCCAUCUCCAAAAGAGGAAAGACCAUGGUCUCCAGCCUCCUCCAGUUCACCACACAGCUCUGGCACAUCGGGUGAAGGUGGUAUGGGAGGUGGUGCCAGCUCAAAUAUGUCAGCAAGUUGGGGAGAUGGCAACUCGGACCUACACACCAUUCACACGUUCGUGCAGAAAGCCCGUGCCAACAAAAGUGUCAAAACCAUGCAGCGCCUGCCUUCUGACGGCACCCUGCUAGACAAAAUGAGGCUAAAGGACUCUCUCUACAAGGGCCAAGCAAGCAGCAAAGCAGAGCGCAAGAAGGAAAAAAAGCUGAAGCGCCUCUCUCUCGGCUCAGGUGCUGGAGACAGUAGCAGUAGCAGCGGGGAGAAGCGCGCCAGGAUCAAGCGCAGCAAAAACUCCAAGCAGCCCAAAAGUCUUAAGAAGCUUAAGAGCUCUGCACUCAGCGAGACGGACUCUGAGACAGGAUUCGGCCAUGGAGAGGAGCACACAGGUCAGCCAAGAGGGCUGCAGUCGCAGAGACCCAGCCUAGUGAAGUCUGAGCGCGACGAAGCAAGCAGAGAUGCUGAAAUGAGUUCCAGUGAAGGAGAAACGUGGAUCGCAGAUGAAGAUAUCAUGGUGGAGUCAGGUGACGACUCGUGGGAUCUGAUCACUUGCUACUGCGGGAAACCUUUCGCAGGACGACCCAUGAUCGAGUGCAACCAGUGCAGCAUAUGGGUGCAUCUGUCCUGCGCCAAAAUCAAGAAGUCCAACGUCCCAGACAUAUUCUACUGUCACAAAUGCAGGGAAGCGAGGCGAUCGGGCCACAAAAAAGACAGUUAGAGAAGGCCGCUAAUUCAUGGAAGCUCAACGUUCCCGUCCUCCACUUUUUCUAUCCAGUAUGAGACGAAAACACUGUUUUUGCGCGCCAGUUCUUCACAUGUUUGACAAUCAUAUACAUGGUUAAUAUCACGAGGGGAAUUUCUUCAUGUUCGUAGACAAAACUGUUAACAAGGCUCUUACUCAGUGAUCUGUCUGCCAGUUUGGUCUGAUCAUCAGGGAGUGUUUAGUACUGGCUUUAUACAAGAUUUAAAAGCUGACGUAUUGUGAUGUAAAAGCCUUUUACACAGCAGAUCCGUAGAAACUGAGGUUUGUCUCUUUACAUGAAGUGGUCUGUGUAUAGGUCGUUAUUUCUGUCGCCGAUCGUUUUCACACACAACUCAGUUUAGCUCUCAGAUUUGUGAUACUCAAUAUUAACAGGUAGUCUUUAAGUGAUUAGCGCUUAAAAAAAUUUUUUUUUUUUUAAAUCUCAGUGCAUGUCAGCACCUUGGCAGUCUGGUCAUUAACUAGCACUUAACUGUCAACUCCAGAUCAUUCUGUGUGGGGAACAUUAAAUGAUGGACUUAACGGGAACUUUUUCAGAUUGGAACAUUUCCACUGGUUGCACUGCUGGCCUCUUACCAAGCGUAAGCAGGUUCAAAUUGUGCAUGAACUAUUUUCGUUGGUUUACUUUCGAAGGAGGUUUUCUGAAAUGAAUAAGAGCUUUGCAACUGCCACCUGAGUGUUGAGGCUCACUCAGCACCCCCAGUUUAAUAGUUGUAAUUAUUUGUUUGGUUAUUGUUUUAAAAAGAGUUUAAUUUGGGUUUUAAUCUCUUGUCUGUGAUCUGGUUAAGAUCUCACACACCCAGUGUUAGUCGUCGUGGAGCUGCUCCCUGAUACGCUGUUUGAAAGUUAGUUCGGAGACCAGAUCUUCUUGUGUACAGAAAAGUUUAUGCUACAAGUGUUGGGGCAUUUUUUUUUUUUUUUUUUUUUUUUUUUGAGGGGUUUCUUGAACUUCCCAAAACAUAGAUUCUCUCCUAUUUUACUCUGUAAAUAUCAUAUCGUUUCAGAACUGUACAUAAUAUGAAAACAAAGAGAAAAGCCAAGCAAAUGUUAUAUUUUUGGCAUCUGAUGUUUUCUUUAACUGUACCUGAAGAAAUAAAGCCUUUUCUUUA